UUCAAUAAACAUAUGAUCAACGCAGGAAAUCCUGGCUAGGAAUGGAGUAUUUAUGCCUGUGCGAAAAUGUUGUGUUGGAGACCACGCAAUAUGACUUCCUCAACGAAGGUAGUACUUCUGGCCUGUGGCUCAUUCAACCCUGUGACGAACAUGCAUCUAAGAAUGUUCGAAAUUGCUCGGGAUGCUCUGAAUAAGACUGGACGGUACCAGGUAACUGGAGGAAUAAUGUCUCCUGUAAGUGAUGGAUACAAAAAAAAGGAUCUGGUCUCUGCCAAGCACAGGUGUGCCAUGCUCAAAGCUGCUCUCAAAUCCUCAGACUGGAUCAAAAUGGACACCUGGGAGAGUGACCAGAGCUCCUGGUCGCCCACAGCCAAAGUUUUACGUCACCACCGUCAGCAGACAGAGGCGCAGUUUGGUCACAAGCCCUCGCCCUCCAAGAGGCGGAAAAAACAUCUCAACACAGUGUCGGACCUGCCCCAGAACCAAGUGCCCCUGGUGGAGGUGGAGGGAGACCCUGCUCCCUGUGUCAAGUUGUUAUGUGGGGCCGACCUGCUGGAGUCUUUUGCUGUACCGGGACUGUGGCAGGAGGAGGAUAUUGAUUACAUAGUGGGCCAGCAUGGUUUGGUGGUGAUCACACGUUCCGGCUCAGACCCGCACAAAUUUAUUUAUGAGUCUGACGUCCUGACAAAAUAUCAGGAAAAUAUAUAUAUUGUCACAGAAUGGAUAUACAAUGAUAUUAGCUCAACAAAAGUCAGACGAGCAUUACGGCGUGGAGAUAGUGUGAAAUAUGUUGUACAAGAUACUGUGAUUGACUACAUCCGACAGCACCAGCUGUUUGGUGUUCCUGACAAUAAGUAUAUCAAUCACAUGAUGCCGUCUCCGAAUCAAGACAUGUCCACUACUGAAGUUGAUGACGAAGAAUCCAGCUCCUCUUCGGGUGAGAUCAGCGUAGUCUUGCGAUCAUCCCACCCAUCGGGGCAUGGGGCCAGCCACCUGUCUCUGCAUAAAAUGUCCGCUCACACGGAGAAGCAGAAGGUGACGGGGAAUAAAAACGGUACUCCAAGCCGGGUGCCGUGUAUGUCGGACAUCGGGAUGCUGUACAACCUGAGACAGACCAGGGCAAGACGACAGGACAAAUAGUCACUCAGGUGUCAAGGAGUAUAUUGCAGAAUAGUGCGGCUAAGGUUUUGAUUUCUGAGGCUCAAACUUUCAAGUACCAGUACCGAUCAGUCAGUUGCACGAGAAACAUUCUAUACUUUUCUUUGAAUCUUAUCUAUCAUGCCACGAUUAUGGGUCAAUUUUAUCUUGUGAACACUGCCAGAAAUGUUAUACUCUUUUAAUUUAAAGUGCGGACAUAAAAGUAUUCACACGAAGAUUUUGUCACUGAUAAUCUUACAGUCUGUUCAAAUAUGAAAGAGAAAAGAAAACCUACCCAAAGUUUGUUUAUCACAAAGUCUUGCUUCCCACUUUCCUCUGGCUUACUCAAUAUUGAUAGUUAUUUAAUGUGUAGGCGACCAGCGUCAGCGGUUUCAUGGCUGGGCGAUUCCUGCUCCAAAAAUUAUUUUCCUGAACGUGUUUGUGUUUCUAUUUGGAUGCUAUAUCUCACUCAGCCUUAGUUAGCCCUUAUAGACAAGAUGGAAAUAACCCGCAUUAAGAAUGUUUAUGCUGCAUUGACGGUGCGUAAAGUUUACAUUUAUUACUACCAAUCGAUUACUGUCUUGCUUUUAGUGCAAUAUUAUUGUUAUGUAAAUAAGAAUAAUAAAGUAAAAUUUAUUUAUAUAUGGCAUUUCUGUCUGGCUUUGUGGAGGGCUGUGUGAUUGAUCUUGAUAAUAAAAAGUAAUAGCACUGGAAACUUGCUUGUCUCUAUACUAAAGCGGUAAUAGUAACAUUCUGAUGUAAUAUGAUAUGCCCAACCAGUCAUGUCUGUUUUGAAAACAAGUUUUCCUGCACAUGUUUGUGGUGGUUUGAAUGCCAGCAGGACAGUGGUAAAAAAAGUUGGUAUCUGGGUCUCGUCAGUUUGUGUCUAUAGACAGGAGUUUACUAAUCGUUGUUAGCAAUGCUAGUGGGAUACCUCACCUACAUGACAUGUUCUGAACUCCCCCACUCUCCCCCAAAGAAACAAACAUUAAGACUUAAAAACACGAAAACUCCUGGUUUUUGCAAGCAUAACAUUUACAUGCAAUUGAGAAAUGCAGACCUAUUGUUGAAAUGAAAUCACAGAUCACCCAGUCAAGCUAUUCAGUAAUACCAUGACAUAAUGGAGGUUUCCGUUGCUGUCAAAGGAAAGGAUUACACUUUUGUACAAGCGUAGAUUGAAACUGCUGGAUACAAAUGAAAGACGGACAUGCAGAGUCAUUUUAAUAUUACUGUUUAAUCUAGCUCAACGUGAGUGAUUUUUUUCAGACCCUAAAGUUUAUUUUAAUUAUUUUUUUGUUUGCAUGUUGUGUUUGUCUGUAGGUGUUUUUUUGUUGUUGUUGAUUUUUUGUAAGUGAUAGCUGUUUUUAAACUCUUUGAAAAUACUGUGAUCUUAGGUUAGUAUAAUUUUCAUUGCGCAAAGAAUGGUUGUUCUGUUGAGUUCAAGUUUUAUCAGUGCGGUUUUCCAUUUUUGAAUUACGUUAGGGUCUAUGCUUAAACUUAAAUGAAAAAUAUUUAAAAGACUUGAAUGAAACAAAGGUAACAAUUUCUAGAAAUGGUUCGCUUGAGAGAAGAGCACUCAGUGUGUUUUAAAAGCAGCCAAGGUAAAGAACGUCUUCCUUCUGUAUGUUCCUUUUACUUAUGUAAUUGUAAUCAUUUAUGUACAUGGAAUUGAACGUGGCUAUUAGAGUUUGAUGUCCAAACUUCACUUUCGAUGUAAUGUUAUGCACUGCAAACGUGUCCAUGUUUGUUGACUUCGAAACGAAUCUGCUUCUUUGACGGUGCUUAAGAUUACUUUCUCAAGCAUUACUAGUUCUUCAUUCUUAUUGAUACUUGUAGUCUACCAUACAUUUAGAAACAGUGCUUUAAGUAGAAGAGUGUUCACUUGUUGUCGAGCUCCUGUUGUUGAAGUGUAGUGUCAAUUCAGUGUCAUAACAGUCGUAACUUGUAAUGUCUCUCCUCUAAACUCUAAACUACUUCUGGUUUUAUUUGUCGUGGUUUUUUAAUUUUAAAAAAGCUUGCAAUAGGCUUUAAAGAGCCAUUCAAUGUUAAACACAAACAAGGGGCUGUGUAGAAAGUGAAGAAAUUAUAGCACAUCAUAGCUUACUCAUCUGUACUGCUGCUCUUAGUAUAGACUAUUAUUAAUUAAAAGUUGUCAAAUUGUGGGACGCUCUUGCGAAUGUUAUACACAACUCAUGCUUUGCUCCAGCUGUUUCCAUUUCCUGUUAAAACAAUAGCUCCAGCUCAACGUGUUCUGAAUUUUGGUAUGCUGAAAAGUGAUACAUGUGUCUGUGUUACAGGUCAGAAUACAGCAUGUCUGACUGAAUUUGAAAAAAUAUAAAUGUUUUCAUAAUAUGAAAAUAAAUGCAAAUGUUUACCAAUC